AUGCAAGAGCAAGAAGAAAUAGAAGAGAGAGGGAAAGGGGCACCGACCGAUAUUAGCAGAGGUAAGCCUGAUGAGAACGAACCAGUGGAGGAUGAAGAAAGCAGAAAGCAGCGUGGGAAAGGAAAUGUAGAGAAGUGGCUUCAAAUGCUGUUGGAGAAUACACAAGAAGGCACUGACCAAAUUCCUCAACUAGUUGAGGAAAAUGAAACUAGCAGGACUGAUGAAAUAAUCAGAAAGAUGAAUCUCAAAUACCCGCGAAAUGAGAAUGAAAUUUUAAAAUUUCCAGAAUCGGAAGACAAAGGUGUGAAACAGGAUCUUGAGGAAAACAACCAGCAAACAAUACAAGAGAAGAAUAACGGUGGGAACAGAAAGAAGAGAUUGUUGAGAUGGAAGCUGUGGCACUCUUAA